GUGCCUGUCGAGUCAAGUCUCAGUUCACAUCCAGGGCACAUUUUACUCUCAUCCUCGCCAGUUUCUCGUGAUCGUUGCAAGUGGAAGUCAUGGCAAAGUCUUGCAUUCUCAUUCUCUCUCUCUGCCUGCUGCAGUUCGUCUGCGGCGGUGUGGUUCGUCGCGAGGCGCCGGUUGACGUUGCCACGAAGAGUCCUCUCGCGGAGUUCUCCAAUGCCGCCGAGGAGGCGGUGGCGAAGUUCCAGAGCGCCUUCAUGGAUUUGUUCGGCGUGAAGUCGCAGGAUGAGCUGGUGGAUCUGUUCCGCGUGGAGUCGAGGAAGUAUGCCAACAAGCUGCAGGACAUUGCUUCGGAAUUGACUGCUGAGGCUCAGAAGCACUCUGGCACCUUUGACGAUGCCGUGAAGCAGGUGAAGGACAAGAUCACAGAGACUGUCAAUGACAUUGAGAGCAAAAACCCAGAGUUCUUUGCCGACACGAAGCAGUACCAGGAGAAGUUCGAGACGCAGCUGAGGGCUGUUCUGCAGGAGACUGAGCGCUUCAGCGCAAAGCUGAAGGAGGAGGGUGCUGUCGUUGGCAGCAACUUCGAGAAGGUGGCCAAGGAUCUCUAUCAAACCACCGCACAGACAGCCAAGGUCUUCUCUGAGAAGGUCGAGGAUGUGGUGAAGGAGCAGAGGAACAAAUUGUAAAUGAUUAUCUUGAGUAAAUGGAAGAAAAAAGGUG